AUGAGGGAGGAGAUGGCGCAGCGGGAGGCGGCCGAGCUGCACCGGAGCCACCAGAAGCCACGGAGCCCCGAGGGCUGGGGGCUGCUGCUGGCCCUCUGGUACUUGGCCUUCUACAAGCCCAUCAUCACCGAGGGCCACCUGAGGAGGAAGAACAUCAAGUUCAUCUUCAUUCGCUUCAGCGCCUGGCAAUACGCCGGCUGCGACAAGCUCUGGGCUGGUUUGGUCACCACCCUCUGCGACAGCGUCCGCCAUCAUUUUGGGGCUUUGCCCCUCAGCGUCUUCCACGUCAUGGGCACCCGGCCCCGCUUUGCCUCCGGCUUCAGCCAGAAGGAGUGGGUGCUCAAGAGGGGCACCUGCCUCAAGCUUUGGGGGCUGCUCUUCGUCCUGGGUGCCGGCCUCAGCAUCCUGCUGGUGGCCCUCUUGGUGCCCGGCAUCAAGGACAACCACGCCUUGAAGGUGGUGGGCAGCGCUGUCACUUCGCUCUCCGGUUCCGGUUUGGUGCUGGGAGCUUUCUCCGUCCUGAAGAACCUGUUGGUCAGCGAGAAGCAGAAGAUCGAACGGUUGACCAACAGCGAGAGGUUCGCCAAUCAACUGGGCUUCAUGAACAAGGUGCGCAGGGAGGUGGAGGUGCUGGUCAACUUCUUGGCCUUCAUGGAGAUCUUUGAGCGCCGCCGGCUCCGCGUGGUGCUGGAGAUCACCAGCCUGGACAUCUGCUACCCCGAGAAGGUGGCCGGCGUCCUCAACGCCAUGAACACCUUGCUCUCCGACACCAACACCCCCUUCAUCUUCAUCCUGGCCGUGGACCCCAGCGUCAUCGUCCCCUGCCUGGAGCAGACCGGCUGCAUGAAGGGUCUUGCUGACAACGGUUACCUCUACCUCAACCGGACGGUGACGUUGCCCUUCUCCAUCCCCGAGAUGGGCGCCCGCUCCCGCCUGCGGUGCCUGGAAGCCGCCGUCCAGACGCGGGAGGACCUCAUGUACCGCAUCAUCACCAGCAACGUGGAACGCCGCCAAGCCAAGUGCCGGGGAGUCUCGGAGGUUCCCAGCCGGCGAGAGCUUUUUGCGUCUCGAUGA